AUGAAGAUUCCUGCUCUAAUUCUGUGUCUGGUUCUCUCCGGACCUCUGUCCUCGAAAUCAGAGUGUGUCCUACAGCAACAGACGGUAGCCGGCUACAUUCAGGAGGGAGAUUUUCCCCUGGGUGGAAUAUUCCCCCUACAUCUUAGUCCAGGGACACAGCCAGAGACCUUCACCAAUCCACCGAGAUCUCAUUCCUGCCAACGACUGGCCGCAGUGCUGGGAGAUGCAGGUAGAGAUGCAGCUGUGAGUGUAGCCAAUAUUUUGGGACUCUACAAUUACCCACAGAUCAGUUAUUUCACACCUCCAGCUGAAUUCAUCAACAGGUUCUUCUUCCCUUCAGCGCUGAGUGUUGCCCCUAUGUUAUCUUCACAGGCAAAAGCAUCACCAUCUUCAAUAAAGUCUUUGUGUACAGGGUUGGAAGACCCAGCUACUCUACAGAUAUUUUCAGACAUAGAGGAUCUUCGAGUUACAUAUAAUGUCUAUAAGGCAGUGAUUAUGGUAGCCAAAACUCUCAAAGACAUGGCUGCUUGUAGACAAAUGGCUGGAAGCCAUUGUGUGAAAAUGCAUGAUUUUAGUCCUUGGGAGCUUUUCUUCUACCUUCGUAGAGUGAGGCUGAAAGGAAACAUUGGGGAGUAUUUAUAUUUUGACUCUCUUGGAAAUGCACCAGCCAUCUACGACUUAAUUAACUGGCAAGAGCAACUAUCAGGAGGUGCCAACUGGGUGAGGGUAGGAAGCUAUGAAAGUGGUGCUCAGUUCGGACAAGACCUAUUCAUCAACCUAAGUGCAAUACAAUGGGGAAGGCAGUUUAACGAGGUUAUUGGGGUGUUAGGAGACCAGACUCCAGCCUUUGAUCGUACAGAAGCACCAUCAGUCACCUGGCCAAACUGGAUGUCUCAUCUUCCUGACCACCUGCCACUAUCAGCCUUAGCCAUACCAGGAACCCAUGACACAAUGGCUUUUUUUGGAGGUCCCCUUGCUGAAUGUCAAAGCUGGAGUCUAAAAAACCAAUAUGAUUCUGGAAUUAGAUUUUUGGACAUCCGACCUCGUCAUUACCAAGACGGGUUGCCUAUUUUUCAUGGUGUGUCCUACCAGCGUACCGAUUUCUUACAGGUUCUCUUGGAUACUGUUAACUUUCUAACAGAGCACCCAAGUGAGACAAUUUUGAUGAGAGUGAAGGAAGAGUAUGAACCAUAUCAAAACACCAGGAGCUUUUACCAGAGUGUUUCCGAGGUUUUGAACCAGGUUGGAGCGCACUGGUUCCUUCAGUCAAAUAGCUUUCCAACUUUAGGCGAAGCCAGAGGGAAAGUGGUAAUCCUACAAGAUUUUUCAUCGAAAGGUGAAGGUCCAGAUUUUGGUCCUCCAUACCCUGGACCAAUGAGCAUUUCAGAUGCUUAUCAAGUUAGUGAUGACUCCGUGAAAUGGGCUGAAGUUGAGAGGCAUCUAACAGUUGCUCAAAAUGGGGAUCCUGAAAGAGCUUACUUGACAUACUGCUCAGGAGUCCACUGGCUUCUUUACACCCCAGAGUCUCUGGCUCGUAAGAUCAACCCAAGAGUUCUUGACUAUCUUAACCUUAAGACACCAUUGGGCAGCAGAAGGAGAUCAGUUGGUGUGGUUAUCAUGGAUUUUCCAGGAGCUGAACUGGCGAAACAAAUUGUUUUAGAUAAUUGGGUGUAA